AUGCUGGGGUUCUUGCUUCUCUUGCCAGUCGUUGGCGCAGCCGUCAUCGGGCCUAGGGCAAGCAGUCAAAGCUGCCCUGGAUAUAAAGCGUCACAUGUGCAUGAGAACGGUCAUACCUUGACCGCGGACCUGACCCUCGCGGGUAAACCUUGCGACUCAUAUGGCACCGAUUUGAAGGACCUGAAGCUUCUAGUCGAGUACCAGACAGACGAACGUCUGCAUGUUAUGAUUUACGAUGCGAAUGAACAAGUGUAUCAAGUCCCUGAGUCAGUUCUACCGCGUGUAGGCAGUGGCAACGGCACUCAGAAGGACUCUACUCUGAAGUUCAACUAUGUGGAAGAGCCAUUCUCAUUUACAGUGACCAGGGGAGAAGAAGUGCUUUUUGAUACCUCUGGAUCCGACCUGGUCUUCCAAUCGCAGUAUCUGAAUAUUCGCACCUGGCUACCGAAUGACCCAUAUCUAUAUGGCCUCGGAGAACACACUGACUCCCUCCGAUUGGAAACAAACAAUUACACCCGCACGCUAUGGAAUCGCGACGCAUACGGCCUACCGAGUCACACUAAUCUGUACGGUACCCACCCUGUUUAUUACGAUCAUCGCGGUAGUGCUGGCACCCAUGGUGUCUUCCUGGCAAACUCGAACGGUAUGGACAUCAAGAUCAACAAGACGCUGGAUGGCAAGCAGUACCUCGAGUACAAUAUCCUUGGAGGCGUCUUUGAUUUCUACUUCUUCAGCGGCUCCACCCCCAAGGAAGCCAGUGUUCAAUACGCGGAGGUCGUUGGACUUCCUGCCAUGCAGAGCUACUGGACAUUUGGCUUCCACCAAUGCAAAUAUGGCUAUCGUGAUGUUUACCAAUUGGCUGAGGUGGUGUACAACUACAGCCAGGCCGGAAUUCCCCUAGAAACCAUGUGGACCGACAUUGACUACAUGGAACUGAGAAGGGUGUUCACUCUCGACCCUGAGAGGUUCCCUCUAGAAAAGAUGCGUGAGCUUGUGGAUUACCUCCAUGACCAUGAUCAACAUUAUAUCGUCAUGGUUGAUCCCGCUGUGAGCGCGAGCGACAACCCCGGUUAUCAUAGGGGAGUUGAGCAGGACAUCUUCCUCAAGACACAGAACGGCAGUCUAUACCAAGGUGCUGUGUGGCCAGGCGUAACAGUCUACCCCGACUGGUUCCAUCCUGAUAUUCAAGAAUACUGGAACGGGGAGUUCAACAAGUUCUUCGAUGCUGAAACAGGUAUCGACAUUGAUGGCCUAUGGAUUGACAUGAAUGAGGCCGCGAAUAUGUGUACAUUCCCCUGCACCGAUCCGGAAAGAUACUCUAUUGAGAAUGAUCUCCCACCCGCACCACCCGCUGUCCGGCCCAGUAACCCUCGGACUCUACCCGGGUUCCCUGCCGACUUCCAGCCAGCUUCGUUGAAGAGAUUUGCCAAGAGAGUCCAUGACGAUAAGCUUGGACUGCCUGACCGCAAUCUUCUUAGCCCGCCGUACUCAAUUCAGAACGAGGCUGGACCUCUCAGCCAGAAAACCAUCCAAACCAACAUCGGUCACGCCGGGGGUUAUGUGGAAUACGAUACCCACAACCUUUAUGGAACCAUGAUGAGCUCGGCCUCUCGCAUUGCAAUGCAGCAACGUCGUCCCGACGUUAGACCUUUGAUCAUCACUCGUAGCACAUUUGCAGGCGCCGGAGCACACGUUGGACACUGGCUCGGUGAUAAUCUCAGCACAUGGGAAUUGUAUCGAACUUCCAUCGCCCAGAUCCUAGCCUUCGCCUCGAUGUUCCAGAUCCCUAUGGUAGGAGCUGAUGUCUGCGGCUUUGGCUCAAACACCACAGAAGAGCUGUGUGCCCGCUGGGCCUCCCUUGGAGCCUUCUACACCUUCUACCGCAACCACAACGAGAUCGGCGGCAUCCCCCAGGAAUACUACCUCUGGGAGACCGUGACCGAAUCCGCAACCAAGGCCAUCAACAUCCGGUACCAACUCCUUGACUACAUAUACACUGCCUACCACCGCCAAAGCGAGACCGGCGAGCCCUUCCUGCAACCUCUAUUCUACCUGUACCCGGAGGACAAAAAUACCUUCGCCACCGACCUGCAGUUCUUCUACGGCGACGCCCUCCUCAUCUCUCCCGUCACUGAGGAAAACUCCACCUCCGUCAACGCAUACUUCCCUAAGGAUAUCUUUUACGAUUGGUACACCGGGGCCACGGUGCAAGGUCAGGGCGCCAAUAUCACCUUGUCCAAUAUCAACAUCACUCACAUCCCCAUUCACAUCCGUGGCGGCAACGUGAUCCCCAUCCGCUCUUCCGGCGCCAUGACAACCACCGAGCUGCGCAAGAAAGGCUUCCAGCUCAUCAUCGCCCCAGGGACAGACGGGACUGCCUCGGGAAGCCUGUAUUUGGACGACGGAGACUCCCUGGAGCAGACCGAGACUGCGAACAUCGACUUCGAAUACCGCGGUGGCGUUCUGGACAUUAAGGGGCAGUUUAUUCGUGAUGCCCCUGUUAGCAUUGAGAGCGUUGUCUUGCUUGGUCAGGAGACUACCGUGGCUGGGGCGCAGAAGCAGGUUACUAAAACCGGUUUGGAACUUACUGCGCCUACAAGGGUGAAACUAGCUUGA